UAAUGUAUUAACAAAAGAGCCAUAUACAAGAGCCUCUGAAAAUCCAUCAGAUAAAAUUAAAAUUGAAGCCAGAGAAGCCUGCGCCUGGCUGAGAGCUGCUGGUUUCCCCCAGUACGCUCAGCUAUUUGAAGAUAUGCAGUUUCCUAUCGAUGUAAAAACUGUGAGGAAAGAUCAUGAAUUUUUAGAUGGAGAUGCGAUUGAAUCACUAUUCAGGCGGUUGAACACAUUGAACAAGUGUGCAUCAAUGAAAGUGGAAAUAAGCCGUCAGAGGAAACGGAGUGAUGACUCUGAAGAUGAUGAACCUUGCGCAAUAAGUAACAAAUGGGCUUAUGAGAGGUGCAGUCAGAGAUGGUCUCGUAUCGAGAGCCUAGAAGGUUUCCCAGGAGAGGAAGAUAACAGGCUAAGUGUAUAUGACAACAUGCCCAAUAUUGAACUUGAUAAGCUGGAGGCAGCAGAAGUUGGUGAUGAUGAUGUUUUUACAGAAUUGAACAACGUUAUAGAAGAUGUCAAUGGUCUCAAAAAGUUGGUUGAUCAGUGGACAGAGAAGUUCUCAGAUGACGGUGGUUUGGACUUUGCCAGUGACUUGACCUCUUUAUAUCCAUCUGCACCUAAAGAAAUCUGUCUUGAAACAGAGGGCUCAACAGCAGACCUCCCGACCACCGAGGGAGGGAGCAGCUGUGAACUGGGCAAUGAGAUCAGUUCUGCAGACCUGGCUUCCAUGACAGACUCUAAAAAGACCAACAGCCUUCCCAUCCAGGCUGACGGUCAGUCAGCUGCCCAGCUAGCCCGGACACAAAAGCUGGCCUUGUUGAAACUCACUGCUUUAAUGGACAGAUACUCCCCUUCCAGUAAGCAGGGCUGGAACUGGACUAUACCAAAGUUCAAUAAAAAAAUAAAAGCCUCUGACUACAAGGACAAAAAUGUGUUUGGGGUUCCUUUGCUUCUGAAUGUUCAGCGAACAAGCCACCCACUGCCCAACGGCAUACUGCAAGCACUGGACUAUCUAAGAAGCCACUUUCUUGACCAGGUUGGCCUGUUCCGAAAAUCCGGUGUUAAAUCCAGGAUUCUGUCUUUAAGAGAAAUGAAUGAAACCAACCCGAACAACGUAUGUUACGAAGGGCAGUCAGCAUUUGAUGUGGCCGAUAUGGUGAAGCAGUAUUUCCGAGACCUUCCCGAGCCUAUCUUUACUAGCAGGCUCUGUGAAUCCUUCCUCCACAUCUACCAAUACGUGCCGAAGGAUCAGCAGUUUCAGGCUGUCCAGGCUGCUAUUCUCCUUCUCCCAAAAGAAAACCGAGACGCUUUGAAAAUCCUCCUGUUCUUUCUACGCGAUGUGGUUGCUUUUGUUGAGGAAAACCAGAUGACCCCAACCAACAUUGCUGUCUGUCUUGCACCGUCAUUGUUUCACCUCAACACCCUGAGACGGGAUAGUUCCUCCUCCUCCACUAGAUCUAGUCAGAGGAAGUGCAGCUUGGGGAAGCCAGACCAGAGGGAGCUGAGUGAGAACCUGGCAGCAACGCAGGGCUUGGCCCACAUGAUAAUGGAGUGCAACAGAUUAUUCCAGGUACGUCACUUGGUGUAGCAAAGCAAAAGCCCUGAGCAGCCUGCUGUAAAACUGCUGCCUGCCUGCCUGCCUACACCAGCGCUGCUGGCAGCUGAUGGUGCUGCUCCCACAGCAGGCACCCUCACGCUGCUGUUCUCUGAGAGGCUCUCAGGAAGCCACCCCUUUUUUGAGGACUGGUACCUGACCGUUGCCUGGAUCAGCUCACUACCAACUUCCAAGAGACAAGCAUCCUGA